AAAUUGCAACAUAUAUAUACUGCUUCACAAUAUCACAUUCAUACAUACAGACAAAGUUAGGAGAAUCAUCAUCAUUUAGAUUUUAUUAAAUAUACAUACGAAAGAAAAGUUUUUUAAUUUGCUUAAUUAAUUAGCUUGAACGUACCCAUCCAAUUCAAGAAAUAUGGCAAUGAGACCAAGAGGUGGCGCCGGAGCUGGUCCUAAUCGUCCUGGCAGAACCACCACCGUCCGCCCUGUCUAUGAAACAUUCACGCCUGUUUUCCAGCGCCAACAAGAUGAAGAAGCCGAGAAGCUAAUUAUUUAUCUUCCUGGUUUUUCGAAGGAGAAUAUUAAGGUUAGCACGGAAGGCAAGACGACAUUGAAGGUUCGGGGAGAACGCCUAAUCGGAAACAACAAAUGGAAUCGUUUCCUGGAGGAAUUCCAGGCUCCAGAAGAUUGUAACAUGCGAGGAAUUCAUGCCAGGUUUGAGAAUGGAAUCCUCACUAUAACAAUGCCAAUUCCCAAGAAAAUCCCACCACCUGUGACAACAACUAAUACCCAACAAGAAGAAACUACAACUCUGCAGAAACAACCCUAUAUCCCUCCUUUCCUCAGGACUAAAGAUGACCAUUCCCCUCCAUUAUUAGCCCCUCAAACCACACCUCAAGACACCCAAAACCAACCACCAAAAGUAGAUGAAAAUAUUAGCCAGAAGGAAACAACUCCUCCUCCUCCUCCUAAGGAAGUUUUUCAGCAAAAGCCUUUAAAUGCUGCUAGUGAUGAUGGUUUUGCUGACAAAACUUCCCAAUUCAGAGAUGAGAAGCGUAUGGAAGGACAAUUAAUAGCAGCAAAGCCGCCUAAUCAAGAUGAUGAUGAUUUUGGUGCUUAUAAAUCUCUGCUCCAUAGUGUUGAGAGGCAGAAGAAGAAACCUGUUGGGCCAAUGUUUCCCAAAGAUUAUGAAGAUGAAUCUCCUCCUCCUUCUCCAUCAGUACUUGCUGCUGCAAAACAUGGGGAUCAGAAAAGUUUGGAGGGUCAAGAAAAGGUCACUACUGGUGGUGGACAAAAGAUAGGCCUUAAAGAUUUUGUUGAAGGGGAGAAAAUUAGCAGUGAAGUGAAAGCAAAGGGAACAAUUACACAACCAUUAUUUGAUGAUGAUGAUGAUGAUGAUGAUGAUGGUAGAAACAAAACAACAACUGCAGGGGUUGAUCAAAGUGUUAAACAAACUUCAAUGACUACUAGUGGUGGUGGUGGGGGAGAUUUUAGAUUGGGAAAGGCAGCAGUUAGUGAUCCGAAAGAAGAAAGACAGUUGCUGGUGAAUGCUGGUGUGGCUGUGCUGGUGAUUCUAGCGCUUGGGGCUUAUAUCUACAACACCGUGGGGACUAGGAAAUCUGAUUAAUUCAAUUUCUUCAAUUUAUUUUCAUUGUAAAUCACUACAAAAUGCAAGUAAUGCUACUUCUAAUCACAUUCUACUAAUAAAAAGUUAAGCUGCAGAUUCUAUUCUGACUCUA